CCAAUCGCCCGGGGGCUCGCGCCGUGUGCCGAUGGGGGCGGGGAGAAGCCCGCCAGGGCCCGGACAAAAGCCGGAUCCCGGGCGGCCACGGGAAGCUGGAGCGCUCCAGGUAGUGGCGGUGUUUUGGGGCCUGUAGACCGAGCGCCGCUCACAGACUUUCGCAGAGAGGUAGAGCAGGGCCCUCCGCAGCAAUGUCGGCCAAGGCGAUCUCCGAGCAGACAGGCAAAGAACUCCUCUACAAGUACAUCUGCACCACCUCGGCCAUCCAGAACCGGUUCAAGUAUGCCCGGGUCACCCCUGACACUGACUGGGCCCACCUGCUGCAGGACCACCCGUGGCUGCUCAGCCAGAGCUUGGUGGUUAAGCCAGACCAGCUGAUCAAACGGCGUGGAAAGCUGGGCCUAGUUGGGGUCAACCUCACUCUGGACGGAGUCAAGUCCUGGCUGAAGCCACGGCUGGGACAGGAGGCCACAGUUGGCAAGGCCAGAGGCUUCCUCAAGAACUUUCUGAUCGAACCCUUCGUCCCCCACACUCAGGAGGAGGAGUUCUACGUCUGCAUCUAUGCUACCCGAGAAGGGGACUACGUCCUGUUCCACCACGAAGGUGGGGUGGAUGUGGGUGACGUGGACGCCAAAGCCCAGAAACUGCUCGUUGGUGUGGACGAGAAGCUGAAUCUUGAGGGCAUCAAGAAACACCUGUUGGUCCACGCCCCCGAAGACAAGAAAGAAAUUCUGGCCAGCUUUAUCUCCGGCCUCUUCAAUUUCUAUGAGGAUCUGUACUUCACCUACCUCGAGAUCAACCCCCUUGUGGUGACCAAAGAUGGCGUCUACAUCCUUGACUUGGCAGCCAAGGUGGACGCCACUGCCGACUACAUCUGCAAAGUGAAGUGGGGUGAUAUAGAGUUCCCUCCCCCCUUCGGGCGGGAGGCUUAUCCAGAGGAAGCCUACAUUGCAGACCUCGACGCCAAAAGUGGGGCAAGCUUGAAGCUGACCUUGCUGAACCCCAAGGGGAGGAUCUGGACCAUGGUGGCCGGAGGUGGCGCCUCUGUCGUGUACAGCGAUACCAUCUGCGACCUAGGGGGUGUCAACGAGCUGGCGAACUACGGGGAGUACUCGGGUGCCCCCAGCGAGCAGCAGACCUAUGACUAUGCCAAGACGAUCCUCUCCCUCAUGACCCGCGAGAAGCACCCCGAUGGCAAGAUCCUCAUUAUCGGAGGCAGCAUCGCCAACUUCACCAAUGUGGCCGCCACAUUCAAGGGCAUCGUGAGAGCGAUUCGAGAUUACCAGGGCCCCCUGAAGGAGCAUGAGGUCACGAUCUUUGUCCGAAGAGGUGGCCCCAACUACCAGGAGGGCUUACGGGUGAUGGGAGAAGUCGGGAAGACCACUGGGAUCCCCAUCCAUGUCUUUGGCACUGAGACUCACAUGACGGCCAUUGUGGGCAUGGCCCUGGGCCAUCGGCCCAUCCCCAAUCAGCCGCCCACAGCGGCCCACACUGCAAACUUCCUCCUCAACGCCAGCGGGAGCACGUCGACUCCAGCCCCCAGCAGGACGGCGUCCUUUUCUGAGUCCAGGGCGGAUGAGGUGGCACCUGCAAAGAAGGCCAAGCCUGCCAUGCCACUAGGAAAGAGCGCCACCCUCUUCAGCCGCCAUACCAAGACCAUCGUGUGGGGCAUGCAGACCCGGGCCGUGCAGGGCAUGCUGGACUUUGACUACGUCUGCUCCCGUGACGAGCCCUCGGUGGCUGCCAUGGUCUACCCUUUCACCGGGGACCACAAACAGAAGUUUUACUGGGGUCACAAGGAGAUUCUGAUCCCCGUCUUCAAGAACAUGGCUGAUGCCAUGAAGAAGCACCCGGAGGUGGAUGUGCUGAUCAGCUUUGCCUCCCUGCGCUCGGCCUAUGACAGCACCAUCGAGACCAUGAAUCACGCACAGAUCCGGACCAUCGCCAUCAUAGCUGAAGGCAUCCCCGAGGCCCUCACGAGGAAGCUGAUCAAGAAGGCGGAGCAGAAGGGAGUGACCAUCAUUGGACCUGCCACUGUUGGUGGCAUCAAGCCCGGGUGCUUUAAGAUUGGGAACACCGGCGGGAUGCUGGACAACAUCCUGGCCUCCAAGCUGUACCGCCCCGGCAGCGUGGCCUAUGUCUCGCGUUCAGGCGGCAUGUCCAACGAGCUCAACAAUAUCAUCUCUCGGACCACGGAUGGCGUCUACGAGGGCGUGGCCAUCGGCGGGGACAGGUACCCCGGCUCAACGUUCAUGGAUCAUGUGCUGCGUUACCAGGACACCCCAGGAGUCAAAAUGAUUGUGGUUCUUGGAGAGAUAGGGGGCACGGAGGAAUAUAAGAUCUGCCGGGGCAUCAAGGAGGGCCGCAUCACCAAGCCCGUGGUCUCCUGGUGCAUCGGGACCUGUGCCACCAUGUUCUCCUCCGAGGUACAGUUCGGCCACGCUGGAGCUUGUGCCAACCAGGCUUCUGAAACUGCAGUAGCCAAAAACCAGGCUUUGAAGGAGGCCGGAGUGUUUGUGCCCCGGAGCUUCGAUGAGCUUGGAGAGAUCAUCCAGUCCGUGUACGAGGAUCUCGUGGCCAGAGGGGUCAUCAUACCUGCUCAGGAGGUGCCGCCCCCGACGGUGCCCAUGGACUACUCUUGGGCCAGGGAGCUGGGCUUGAUCCGCAAACCUGCCUCGUUCAUGACCAGCAUCUGUGAUGAGCGAGGACAGGAGCUCAUCUACGCGGGCAUGCCCAUCACUGAGGUCUUCAAGGAGGAGAUGGGCAUCGGCGGGGUCCUCGGCCUCCUCUGGUUCCAGAAAAGGUUGCCCAAGUACUCCUGCCAGUUCAUUGAGAUGUGCCUCAUGGUGACGGCUGAUCACGGGCCAGCCGUCUCUGGGGCUCACAACACCAUCAUCUGUGCCCGGGCCGGGAAGGACCUGGUUUCCAGCCUCACCUCGGGACUGCUCACCAUCGGCGACCGGUUUGGGGGUGCCCUGGAUGCAGCAGCCAAGAUGUUCAGCAAGGCCUUUGACAGUGGCAUCAUCCCCAUGGAGUUUGUGAACAAGAUGAAGAAGGAAGGAAAACUCAUCAUGGGCAUUGGUCACCGAGUGAAAUCGAUAAACAACCCAGACAUGCGCGUGCAGAUCCUCAAAGAUUACGUCAGACAGCACUUCCCUGCCACACCCCUGCUUGACUAUGCGCUGGAAGUAGAGAAGAUUACCACCUCGAAGAAACCAAACCUUAUCCUGAAUGUAGACGGUUUAAUUGGAGUUGCAUUUGUAGACAUGCUCAGAAACUGUGGGUCCUUCACUCGGGAGGAAGCUGAUGAAUAUAUUGACAUUGGAGCCCUCAAUGGCAUCUUUGUGCUGGGAAGGAGUAUGGGCUUCAUUGGACACUAUCUUGAUCAGAAGAGGCUGAAGCAGGGCCUGUAUCGUCACCCAUGGGAUGAUAUUUCAUAUGUUCUUCCGGAACACAUGAGCAUGUAAUGGAGCCAGGAACCCUGCUACAGUAAAUUGAAGCCGAGAACUCCUCCCCCCCCCCCCCCCACCGGGGAAAUAGCCACAGACAGCUGGCACUGGAGCUUGCUUAAAGGAUGGGCCUGGAAUGUAAACAGCCACCAGUGUACAGGCACCGAAGACCAACACCCACAGGCUAACACUGUUCAGUCUACACAAAGAAGCUUAAUAUUUUUUUUAUAAGCAUAGAAAUAAGAACCCAGCCAAUACUUGUAACAUUUACUCUGCUACCUGCUGUAUUUAUUAUAUGGAAGCAUCUGAGCACUGUCAGGAUAGUGUUUUUCCUCAUUGUAGGGUGUUACAAUGUUGCUUUCUUUUUUCCAUUAGUUAAAAAAAUGUUUUCCCCUUGAAGGAAGGGAAUGACACUUCUAAGACCUCAAGAUACUCUCCAUUUAAAGGACCCCUAAUACCUUGUUUUUCCUUUUCACUUUUCUUCCUCCUCAUAUAACCUGAAGAGCAUUGUAUUAAUCUGAUUUUUUUUUUUUUAGGAUCUUUUCGUAUGUUGUGUGUUAAGAGUUUGUUUGGUAUCCCCCUGAAGUGUUCCAUGUUGCAGACCAAUGUCAGGGGGACAGGACCAUUGCAUCCUUAGCCAUUGUUACAGAAUAUGUGGAGCAGUAAUUUAAAAUGUAAAGUCGUAACAUACAUAUGUUUAAAAUGGAAGUGCAAAGCAAAAAGCUGUGAAAUGUCUUGUGUCUUAACAUUCUCUGUAUUUAUGCAACUGACUUGUCUGUUAUCGACUUGUCUUCAGUUUGCAUCUGUAAUCCACAAAGAUUCUGGGCAGCUGCCACCUCAGUCUCUCCUCUGUAUUAUCAUAGUUUGGUUUAAAUAAACUAUAUAGUAACAAUGAAAACAUA